AUGCUGUCCGAGGAAGAGAUCGAUACACUAAGAAACAAGUCAAUUGAAUCACUCUCAAUGAGCUAUUCACCUUACUCCAAGUUCAGAGUCGGAUGUGCUAUCUUAACAGAGUCCGGGGCUAUAGUACAAGGUGCGAACGUUGAGAAUGCAUCGUAUGGUGCUGGUGUAUGUGCUGAAAGGGCAACCAUAUGCACCGCAGUGAACCAAGGACAUACAAGAUUCAAGGCAAUUGCCAUUGCAAGUGACCUGAAGGACGAGUUUAUAACACCGUGCGGUAUAUGUCGCCAGUUCAUCAGAGAAUUCGGUAAAGAUACUCCGAUCUAUAUGUUCAAGAACGGCGUGGAGGGGACAUUCCAUAUGACCUUAUCUCAGUUACUACCACACAGUUUUGGACCAGAGCAGCUGAACUGAAGCUCGAAGCAUCGUAUAUAUACUGGCAUCAUCCUAGACAUUGCAUUAUAUAUCCCUUCCAUACAGAGAACCAUUACAGAUUAGUAGAGUGGCC